GCUAAUUCAAAUGCCAUGCCUUAACUAAUUGAUCUUAUUGAUAGAAUGUUAACUUUGAAUCCAGCUAAGAGAAUCACUGCCAAAGAAGCAUUAAAACACUAAUACUUCCAAUCCAGGAUCGUUGUGAAGUGAUUUAUUAUAUCUUUAAGACAGAAUGCCUAGAAUAGAAUAAGAUGCAUAGCCACCAAAAGAUCCUCCCAUUUAAAAGAAGGUUAAACAAGAGCAAUAAAGAUCAUUAAUUGACGGUGUCAAAAUUAAUAAAUGUAUAUGA